AUGAUACCGUUGCAGAAGUCAAGAAAAAGUGUCGAUGAGAGUUUUGAUUGCUUGCAUGGCUCAGUUCCAGAUUACUCGCUAGCGACGGUACUGACUCAUGAUCAGAAAGAAGAUCUCGUAGCUGAGGCUUACACUUCAUUAAAGGGCCUUGUUCAAACCUUGGUUGAAGUCCAUACCACGAUUCAAGAAGAUGUUGAGAACACGACGAACAAUUUAAACACGCUGAAGGACUCGGAGACCAGAUCCUCGUAUGCUGUUGAUGUUAUGGAUACAGAGAAUAGACGGAUGAUAGCGGAAAUCGCAAGACGAGGAACCAUUCUUUCCCCAGAGGAACUGAGGGAUCAAGAAGCUCAAACCGAGGCGAUUAACGUUGCGAAAAACGAAGUGAAAAACCUCGGGUCAAAUAUCACAUCGACGAAAAACGAACUCGAUCAAGUUAACUCUCAGAUGGCCUCCAUGAAGCUCACCGCGGCAGAUCUUGCAGAUCUACAGAAUAAGGCUAACGCCAAGCAGGGCGCCGGUGAGGAAAGUAUCACGAUACCAACAACAGAAUCCAUCAAGAUUAAAGUCGACGAGCAACUUACGAAUAUGCAAAACGUUGUCAACACUCUUCCGGAAUCCCAGGUCAGAAAAGAGGCGCAAAGAUUGAAGGACGAUAUUGCAGCGAAGUUUAAUAUUUUGCUGGACCCUAAUUCGGCGUUGACGUUCACAGCACAACAGCAGACGGCAAAACAGAUCGAUAUUGCGUUGCUUCACUUCAGAGCACUUGAUAUUUAUGGUGCUGCUCGAAAAAUGGAACUCUGAAACAUCAUUGUAGAGAAAGUCAAACACGAUGUAUCAGCAUUUCCCUUUUUACUGGUUUUAGUUUGUAUCUCAAAAAGCCUGAAACACUUGUAAUUCAUGUGCAGAAGACAUAUAAAAUGAACUUAGAUUUCCCUAUCUGAUGCUAUAGAAUCAUAUCUGUAUAAAAAUACUCGUUAACUGAAGUUUAUGGAAAUAUGUUUGAGAAACACGAUUCAACUUUAUGGUAAAGUGCAAACAUAUAGUGGGCUUGUCUUGUGGCUAUCGUUCCUCAAACGUCUCAAACGGAAUGGUUAGUGUUUGCAACUGCUCAAAACGCAUGAUUUUCAGAAAUUUAUUCAUUAGACUAGCACAAAAAUUUAUUAAAAUUUCAGACAUAAUUAAAUAUCUUUUCAUUUGCCAAUUACAUUAUAUUAUUC